AUGGGGACGCGGUUCCUCCCGCGCUGGGGCCCACGGAGCCUCCUGCUCUCCUUGGUGGCCCUCCACGUCCUGCAGCUGGGCUCAGCCCAGCUCAGGGUGGUGGCACCGGGCCACCCUCUCAGUGCCACCGUGGACCAGGACAUCGUGCUGCCCUGUCAGCUCUUCCCAAGCUCCAAUGCUCAGAGCAUGACCGUCAGGUGGAUCCGUUAUCACGUCUCUCAAACGGUGCACCUCUACCGGGAUGGAGGCGACCUCUACUUUGAGCAGAUGGAAGAAUAUCAAGGGAGGACACAGCUGUCUCAUGACGGCCUCAUCAGAGGAAGCCUGGACUUGCUGCUGGCCAACGUGAGACCCUCUGAUGAUGGAACGUAUGUCUGCACUGUUCAAAGCGAUGCUGGUUAUGCAGAAGCUGUGGUGGAGCUGGAGGUGUCAGCCGUGGGCUCCUCCCCGCUCGUCUCCUUGGAGGGCUACCAGGACGGGGGCAUCCGCGUGCUGUGCCGCUCGGCCGGCUGGUUCCCGCAGCCCGAGGCGCUCUGGGAGGCUCCCGGCGGGCAGCGCUUGCCCUCGACGUCCCACCACCUUUCCCGGGACGAGAGGGGCCUCUUCGGCGUGGAGGACGGUGUCACCGCGAGCGCGGAGGCCGGCGGCAGCUUGUCCUGCGUGGUGAGGAACCGGCGCGCCGGCCAGGAGAAGGAGUCGUCCCUGCGCAUCGCGGCUCCCUUCUACCACGACGCCCAGCCCUGGAAGGUGGCUCUGGCCGUGACGCUGGUGAUGCUCUUAAUCCUGAUACUCGGCUUGAGUGUCUUCAGCGUUCGCCUCUUCAAGGAGAACGAGAAGCAGCGCAGAGAUCUGAAGGGCCUGUCCCAAGAGAUGAAGGAGAAGACCACGGAGCUGGAGGAGGUUCUCCUGGAUCCAGACACCCAUCACCCCCAGCUUGUGCUGUCCCCGGACUGCAGAAGCGUGAGAUGGAGCGAGACACAGCAGGACCUUCCAUAUAACAGGAAGAGAUUUAAAAAUCUGUGCUGCGUGCUGGGCCGUGAGGGGUUCACCGAUGGGAGACACUGCUGGGAGGUGGAAGGGGAGGUGGGCGAUGAGACUCGCUGGGCCGUAGGGGUGGCCGCUGAGACAGUGUGGAGGAUGACGAUCAUCUCCCCCAACCCUUCAGCAUGGAUCUGGGCUGUGCAGAAUCAGAAGGGAAGGAUUCAGGCGCUCACAGAAUUUGGCGCCUCCGUGUCCUCGUGUCCAGUUCCCAGGAGGAUCUGGGUAAUCCUGGACUUCACAGGAAGUCGGGUGACAUUUGUCAACGCCGAUAACGGGGCUGAGAUCUUCGCCUUCAUGUUAACCUCGUUAACUGUCCAGAAGAUGUACCCUUGGUUUUGGGUGGAAAAGGGCGAAGUCCGUCUGUGCUCCGAGAACGUCGCCCUCCCAACUUCCCCAGCCCAUCCCACCUCCAAUCCGGCCUCCGAGGCCUCCCGUCCUUCCGCGGAAACGCCUCUCCUUGAUGCCAAAGGAGAAGAGGCUCUGGGCAGCUCUGCCCCAACGCAGCAGACAACCUCUGCCUGA